AUGUUACAAGCUCUGUGCAGCAGGAGCCUUCAGGCAGCCCGGCUCUGUGCCCCCAGGAGAGCCGUAGUAGUUGAAGUGGUCCGCGGUAGAAAGUCCCGCAGUGACCCGAUAGCUAAGUCCAAAGAGGGGCGAAUCAAAACCCCUCCGCCCGUGGACCCAGUUGAGAUGGUGGUUCUGAAGGAGAGAUACGAGGAGUACCAGCUCAUCAUCAGUGCUCUCCGAUUGGAGUUUAAAGAGGAGGUGCAGAGGAAGAAAUAUGAAGCAGAGACCGGAUCUAUGGCCGAGGAGCGAGCACGGAAAGAGGCAGAGGAGCACAGUGCUCUCAUGGCAUGGAACAGAGCAGAGAACCAGCGCAUGCUGCAACUCAGGCUGCAGAGGGUUCAAAAGGAGAAGGAGGAAGUUGAACAAAAAGAAUUUGAGGCUGCUCUUGAGCGGGAACAAAAGCGACAAGAAUUUAUCAAAUUGAAGGAAGAGGAGCUUUUACGCUUACAGGAGGAAGCAAAACAUUUCAUCACACUGGAGAAUUUAGAUCAGAGAAUUGAAGAGGCAUUGGACAAUCCCAAAAAUUACAACUUUGCCAUUGACAAAGAAGGACGGGUUAUAAAACAGACUGUUCUAAAGUGA